AUGUUUUUAUUACAUCUGGCGGCUCUCGUUCUGGCAAUCGCUCUGAAAGUCGACUGCGUCCCACUCGUCGCAAUCUUCACUACUGUUGAAUUUCUUCUCAUAAUUGCUGCCGUGGUUCACGCUUUUCUUCCUGUUUUCGGUUCAUAUUCUAAAUUGGUUUCCUCCUUCUAGUUGAGUUAGAAGAUUAAUAAGGGACAUCAACUAAACGAAGAUAUUAUCAAAAUGUCCCAAAUGCUCUAACAUGGGAGGUCAUUUUAUUUUGCGGUUGGGAUUUUUUUACUUUUUUUAACCUUUAGUCGCCGCCCCCUCCCCUUUAAACCUUAAGUAAAAUGACCUACCUUGUAAAAUUUAGAAGUUGUUUUGACAAUAAUCGGCGUCGACAUUCUAGUGGGUCUGGCGAAAAUUGUAUGCGCUCUCUUCAUGAGCAUAUCGGACGACGGCUUCGAUUGUACGAAGUGAGCUAUAUUUCAUAAUCAAACAUUCUCCCCUGUUAAUUGGUGAUUUCUAAAAAAAAAAAAGCAUGUGGAAACUUUCAGAACUACGUGCAGGACCUUCAAUCUGACCGAAACAGAGCGUUUUUGCACGUUCUGGCUGCUCCUGGCAUCGGCAACCUUCGAUCAUUUUUUUGCAUUAGUCGUUCUAGCCGUAAAUGAAAUAAGAUUGAAAAAAAAAAACAAACAACUUUUAUUCAGCACUCGCCGCAACUACGGAUGUUUGAGAGCGACGAAAAGUAUCACUAG